AUGCAGACAGUCACUUUACUUGAUAAGGCUUCAAUAGCCUUUUCCUGUCAGGUCUUCAAGCGCUUCGUCGAGAUCGGCAGAGUCGCCUUCAUCUCCUUCGGGCCCCACGCUGGGAAGCUGGUGGCCAUCGUGGAUGUUAUUGACCAGAACAGGGCACUGGUUGAUGGCCCCUGCAGCGGUGUCAGAAGGCAGGCUAUGCCCUUCAAGUGCAUGCAGCUAACUGACUUUGUCCUCAAGUUCCCACACAGUGCUCGUCAGAAGUGUGUGCGACUUGCCUGGGAGAAGGAAAAUAUCAAUGAAAAAUGGGCAGCAACAAGAUGGGCAAAGAAGAUUGAAGCCCGAGAAAAGAAAGCCAAAAUGACCGACUUUGAUCGCUACAAGGUUAUGAAAGCAAAGAGAAUGAGAAACAGGAUCAUCAAGCAUGAAAUGAAGAAGCUCCAGAAGUUGGCUUCCAAGAAAGGCAAGAAGCCGGAGAAGUCAGAGAAGCCGGAGAAGUCUGAGAAGCCUGAGAAGCCAAAGUCAGAGAAGCGAGAGAAGGCGCCAAAGGCAGAGAAGGCGCCGAAGGCACAGAAGGCACAGAAAUAAAAUGAACUUCUGGUCGUGUAUGACUUUGUGUCCUUGUUCUGAUUCUUCAAUGAAUGGUUAAACAUCUGAUUCAAAUU